AGUUUCAUUUUCACUGAAGUGGCUAUGAGUCAGCUGUUAGUGUACUGUACAGAUCAGCUGUCCGGGUUUUGUCUUUUCAGUCAUAGUCACCACUGGCACUGACAGGAUGGCACAGCAAGAGUGGAUAAGUAUUUUCCAGAGAAAAACCACUGAUCUUCCAGAAGGAGACUCCUGGCGUCUGCAGUUUGAUGAAACUAUUGUGCCUAAAAGCCCGAACUUUGGAUGGGAGCAGUACAUCAGGAACACAAGUGCAAGGUUCCAAUGCACCUCCUGUAGAAGAGGCUGGCCAUCCAACAGAGUGAUGGUGGUCUUCGACAUGCGCCUGACAAACGGGGAGGGCGUGGUCAAGGUGAGGGCCUUUCGUCAGAACUGCAAGAUCUGCAGCGAAGCUCCGAUGGAGAGGCCCACCAUCACCCCCGAAAACAUAGAAAUCCUCAUGGAGAAUCUGGUGAAGAAGAUAAGAAUCAAAUGCUACCAUGAAGACCUGGGCGAAGGACACAGGCCUUUUCAAAGCCUGGAAGUCAAAAGUCCCCAUGAGCCUGCUCACUGUGAGGCGUGUAUGGCAGGCUUCUGUACACAGAUUUAAGCUUGUUAAGCUCUCAAACCUAAUCUUAAUUUAAAAGAAGCAUAUUAUUUGUCUCAGGCUUGGCGUGAACACAAUUAAAUAAAGCAUCAAUUGUAUAUAA